AUGAGCUCAAGUACAGACCCAGUACCUACACCAGAAUCAGCGCUCGAUGUGUCCACGAAGAAUUAUGAAGAUAUGUCCUCCGAAGAGCGUGCCGAGUACGAUCGGCUUGAGAGAAAACGUGAAGAAGAGGAACAGGCCACACUUCCCUAUAAGUGGAGACAAGAGUUAGGGGAAGUAGAUGUCACGCUCGAGGUGCCGAAAGGGACGAGGGCCAAAGAUCUUGACGUGAAGAUCACCAAGACUACCCUGAAGGUUGGCCUCAAAGGGGAGGAACCAAUCAUUGAGGGGCAAUUAUGCAAAGAAAUUAAAGUGGAGGACAGUACAUGGACCAUCGAGGACCAAUCUAGAGUAUUGGUCCACCUCGAGAAGGUUAAUAACAUGACAUGGUGGGAGAACGUAGUGAAGCAUCAUCCAAAGCUCGACACCAAGAAAUUCAACCGGAGAACAACACGAGCUUUGGUGGAGAAGAUGAUGUUCGAUAACCAGCAAAAGCAACUUGGAAAGCCUACAUCGGACGAGCUCAAGAAACAAGAGGCACUCAAAAAGUUCCAGGCCCAGCAUCCAGAACUUGAUUUUUCGAAGGUCAAGAUCUCUUAACAACACAGAUUUGUCAUCAAAUAUGUACCUGAUUGAUGCACACGAGUUCAU